AUGGCGUUCGGAAGAUUCAUCGGUUUGUUCACGGUUGCGGUGGUUCUGGUGUCGCUUCGGCAAUGCCUAUCGGAAAAUAUCACCAGAGGAAGCUUUCCGAAGGGGUUCGUCUUCGGGACUGCCUCUUCUGCUUUCCAGUAUGAAGGAGCCGUGAAAGAGGAUGGAAGGGGGCUGACCGUGUGGGACAAUUUUUCUCAUACAGCUGGCAAGAUACUUGACUUCAGUAAUGCAGAUGUAGCUGUGGACCAUUACCACCUAUACCCUGAUGAUAUACAACUCAUGAAGAACAUGGGAAUGGAUGCCUACAGAUUUUCCAUAUCCUGGUCCCGGAUUUUCCCUGAUGGAACCGGGAAAAUAAAUCAGGCAGGAGUCGACCAUUACAAUAGGCUCAUCAAUGCCUUAAUAGCAAAAGGGAUUGAACCAUAUGUGACACUGUACCAUUGGGACCUCCCUCAAACUUUGGAAGACAAAUACAAUGGAUGGCUGGACCCCCAGAUCAUAAAGGACUUUGCCCUCUACGCAGAGACAUGCUUUCAGCAGUUUGGUGACAGGGUGAAGCACUGGAUCACAUUCAAUGAGCCACACACCUUCACAGUCCAAGGCUAUGAUAUAGGACUGCAGGCACCGGGUAGGUGCUCCAUCCCCCUAUUCUUGUUCUGCAGGGCUGGAAACUCUGCAACUGAACCUUACAUAGUUGCCCAUCAUGUCCUCCUCUCUCAUGCAACUGUGGCUGAUAUAUACCAUAAAAAGUACAAGGCUAAGCAGCAGGGAUCACUUGGUGUGGCAUUUGAUGUUAUAUGGUUCGAACCAAAGACGAACUCUACAGAGGACAUUGAAGCAACUCAAAGAGCUCAGGAUUUUCAGCUGGGCUGGUUUAUUGACCCUCUGAUGUAUGGGGAUUAUCCAAAGUCCCUGAAAGAUGGAGUAGGAAGCCGGUUGCCAAACUUUACCAGAGAUGAGUCUGCUCUCCUUAAAGGGUCUUUGGAUUUUGUUGGCAUAAACCACUACACAACAUUUUAUGCAGAAUACGAUGCAAACAACUUGACUGGGAUGCUACUCAACGAUUCCCUGGCAGACAGCAGGGCCAUUACCCUUCCUUUCAGCAAAGAUGGACAACCUAUAGGAGACAGGGCAAAUUCUAUCUGGUUGUAUAUAGUACCUCGUGGGAUGAGAAGCUUAAUGAAUUACAUCAAGCAAAAGUAUGGGAAUCCUCCUAUCAUCAUCACUGAAAAUGGAAUGGAUGAUGCAAACAAUCCAUUUAUCCCUAUUAAAGAUGCUUUGAAGGAUGAGAAAAGGAUCAAAUACCACAAUGACUACCUUCAGAGUUUGCUGGCUUCCAUUAAAGAGGAUGGGUGCAAUGUGAAAGGGUAUUUUGUAUGGUCUCUGUUAGAUAAUUGGGAGUGGGGAGCUGGAUUUACUUCAAGGUUUGGUCUCUUCUUUGUGGAUUAUAAGGACAAGCUCAAGAGAUACCCCAAGAAUUCUGUUCAAUGGUUUAAGAACUUCUUGAAUUCUCCCUAA